AUUAUAUAUAACACCUGGUGUAGCAACCAAAGUUUCCAAAACUUGUCCAUGGCCGAGCAGGAGCAGGUCAAGCCCUUAGCCCCGGCAGCCUUCAGAGACGAGGAAGAAGCCUUGUCUACGCAAUUGAAUCUGAGAAAGAGAAGAUAUGUGCAGUGCUGCGGUUGCAUCGCUGCGCUUUCCUUAAUCCUAGCGUUGGUAGUUCUCGUGCUGUUUUUCACUCUUUUUCGCAUACACGAUCCCAAGAUCAAGAUCAACUCUGUAACCAUCCAGCGCCUGGAGCUUAUAAACGGGAGUCUCAGGAAUGAUGUGAAUGUUACACUUUUAGCCGAUGUUUCAGUAAAGAACCCCAAUGUGGCAACCUUCAAAUUCAGUAACAGCACAACGUUGAUUUACUACGGUGGGAGGGUGAUCGGUGGGGCCAUCCAUCUCCAAGGGCAGGCCAAGGCACGGCGUACACUGCAGAGGAAUGUGACGGUGGAAUUAGAUCCUGAGAAAAUUGAGGCCGUUCCAAGCUUUAGGAGCGAUCUUAAUUCAGGGGCGUUCAGCAUAAGCAGUUACAGUACAAUUUCGGGUCGAGUUAAAAUACUUAAAAUUGUAAGGAAACGCGUUGUGGUUAGAUUAAAUUGUACCACGACUUAUAGAAUCUCGGGAAGACAGUUCAUCGGAGAAAGUUGCAGGCCUGAACUAGAUUUCUAGACUCAUUUUCUUUUACAAUCAUUUGUGGCCUUCCAUUGGAUCCCUGUAUGAUUGUUUUCCCAUCAAAAUCCUUUGUCAAGAUUAUUUACUAAUUUCUCAAUAAUGCAUGAUACAAAUAUCUGGGGUGGAAAA